AGAUACAUAGGGAAUCUAGAAAUGGAGGGACGUUUGUUGCUGUUCCUGUGUCUAAUACAGGCCAGUCUUUUUCCUACCUGUCAGUCAAUUACACCCAUGGAAUAUGAGAAUAAAGUUGACCAAACAUUAAAGCAGGUCAUGUCCUGUGCUUCAUGGAUCCCUGGAUUGACAGUUGCUGUUGUGAAGGAUUUCGAAACACUAUACACCAGAGGAUAUGGCGAGACCAUGCUCAACUCAAACAUUUCUGUCACUGACCAAACUCUUUUUCAAAUCGGUUCCGUUUCUAAAUCUUUCGCUGCACUACUUCUUGUAAAGCAAAUGGAGGAAGCUAAUCUAGAUCUGUCUACUAAAGUCAAAGACAUGAUGGACGAAGGAUUCGUUUUUGUUGAUGCUGAACGAACACAAAAGGCCACCGUGGUAGAUAUUCUAGCUCAUAGGAUGGGAGUUCCUGACCAUACGAAUCUUAGACUAGACCAGAGCCUCACUAGAACAAACUUACACCAACGUUUCAUAGAGAUGACAGCUGUAAAGACUUUCAGAAAAUCAUUCCUCUAUUCAAACAUGAUGUAUGGAUUUGCCACAUCCCUUUCUGAGAAAAUGUCCAAUGGGAUCUCUUGGGAAAACCUAGUGACAUCAAACAUUUUUCAACCUCUUAAUAUGACAUCGUCCACUUUUAUAACCACAAUAGCAGAUCUCUCAAAUGCUGCACGUGGGUAUGACAAAGGACCAAAGUCUAAACCAAAGGCUUUAGUACCCGUUCCAUUAGAUUUCAGCAAAAAAUGGGGUCUUUGGGCAGGUUCGGGAUCUAUAAUGUCCAAUGCUGUGGACAUGGCGCAAUACAUGAAUUUUCACUUAAGUAACAAAGACAAGAACGGCAAUCCAUUUAUGUCUACUGUGUCUUUUGAUGCAUUACAUCAGGAGCAUAGAAAAUUGUACUCGACCACUGUUAACACCUACUUCGGGAGUAAAGAGGUUCCGACGACUGAAAAUGGUUAUGGACUUGGUUGGAAACGAGGAACAUAUAGAGAGAAAGACAUUCUCCUUCAUUCCGGCAGUACGUUUGGAUACAGGUCUUUCAUCACACUCUUCCCAAACCAGAAUAUAGGGGUUUUCACUUCUAUGAACGGUGAAGACGACAACUAUAUGUUGCGUGUAUUGUUGCACAAUUUCUUGUCUGACGUUGCUCUUGAAGUGACACCUUGGUUGGACGCGUCAUCAAUAUGUGCACAACUAACCAAGCCAAAAUACGUGGGUUACUCCAAUACAAAUAAUCCGAGCAGGUUUAUUGGGGAGUAUGUUGGCACCUACCAUAAUCCAAUAUAUGGCAAUCUUGACGUUACAAUGGACCUCAACAACGAACACCUGGUACUAAAAUAUGGCGUGGCAACUUGGAAUCUAUGGACAAAGUCGGGAAAGGACAAAUUCAAAGCCGAGGGCACAGGGGACAUAACAUACCUGAUUAACAUGUAUCACAUUACGUUCAUACCCAACGACUUAGACCAAAUCGUGUCGAUUAAAAUUGAAAGCUUGUGUAAAACAUGUGGAGAAUAUCCACCUGUAUUUUUGAAAAUUGACGAUUAACGUGAUUGUUCUUUUUCUAAGACCUUUCUUUAGCUUGAAAUGUAUGGCUAUUCAAUGUAGAUGUUUGUGUCUAACCUGUGUACGUAUCUUUACUUACAUAUUCUUUUUUGAAGAGUAUAACUUAUGGGAAAAAAUAAAUG